AGCUCUCUGCAUAACACAAUCAACCAGCUGCCAGCAUGAAGCCAUCUAAUUUUUCCUCCUUUCAAUUGCCUUUCCUUUUCUUUCUGCUCUUCUCUUUCUGCAUCUCAACAACAUUACAAUUUAAGAUCCCACGGCUUGAAGCACACCGAAGAACAGCCCGAGUUCAUGCACCCAAACCCAUGUCUGCAGCGUCCCAAUCAAAAGAUUUCAAAACUUUUUUCUUCAAUCAAACUCUAGAUCACUUUAACUAUAAGCCUGAAAGCUACACCACUUUUCAACAACGAUAUGUGAUAAAUUUUAAGUACUGGGGAGGUGCAAAUUCUAGUGCACCAAUCUUUGUGUUCUUCGGCGCCGAAGAGAAUUUAGAGGAUGAUAUAAAUAUUGGUUUUCUCACUGAUAUGGGCCCUAAAUUUAAGGCUCUACUUGUUUAUAUAGAGCAUCGAUACUAUGGGAAAUCAGUACCAUUGACAACAAGAGAAGAAGCAUUAAAAAAUGCUAGUGCUCGCGGUUAUUUCAACUCGGCGCAAGCUAUAGCCGAUUAUGCUGCUGUUCUUAUAAACGUAAAGAAAAUAUAUUCUGCACAGAAUUCUCCAACAAUCGUUGUUGGAGGAUCAUAUGGGGGAAUGCUUGCUGCAUGGUUCCGGCUAAAAUAUCCCCACAUUGCCCAUGGAGCUCUAGCUUCAUCAGCUCCAAUUCUUUACUUUGAUGAAAUUGCUCCGAAAUUUGGUUACUACUCUAUUGUAACCAAGGACUUUAAAGAAACCAGCAAAAGUUGCUACGAAACAAUACGCAAAUCAUGGGGUGAAAUCGAUAAAGUAGCAGCCGGGCCAAACGGUCUUUCUAUCCUUAGCCAAAAAUUCAGAACUUGCAAAAAAUUGAAGAGAAGCUUCGAUCUCAAGGACUACUUAGACUCAAUAUAUGCGGACGUAGCCCAAUAUAAUGAUCCCCCAACAUAUCCACUGACUGUUGUCUGUGGCGGCAUUGAUGGAGCGCCUGAAGGAACCGAUAUUCUUGGCAAAAUAUUUGCAGGUGUUAUUGCUUUUGCUGGCGAUAAUUCCUGCUAUGACGUUGAUGAAUUCAAUCAUCCAAGUGAAACAGCUACCGGAUGGAAAUGGCAGACAUGUAGUGAAAUUGUGAUGCCCAUUGGCCAUGGUCAUAAUGAUACAAUGUUUCCUCCUGCUCCCUUCGAUCUAAACACCUUCACCAACAACUGCCAAAGCUUGUUUGGAGUUCAGCCAAAGCCUCAUUGGGUCACAACUUAUUAUGGAGGCCGUGAUUUAAAGUUGAUACUCCAUAGGUUUGCCAGCAAUAUCAUUUUCUCUAAUGGGCUGAAAGAUCCUUAUAGCAGCGGCGGGGUGUUGGAGGACAUAUCUGAAAGUGUUGUUGCUGUCUCUACAGUCAAUGGAUCUCACUGCUUGGAUAUACAACCGGCUAGGAACACUGACCCAGAUUGGCUGGUGAGGCAAAGAGAAGAUGAAGUCAGGAUAAUAAAGAGAUGGCUAGCAAACUAUUAUAAUGAUCUUCUUGAGUACAAAAAUGAAGUUCAUGCUUGAUUCUGACGAAACAAAUAAGUACUGUAGCUGAAGAGAGUUUUAUGUAAACUAAUGUCGAGAAUAAUACUAUUAUAUAUUAAUGUUAUGUUAUCCUAAUCCUCCAGCAUUUAUCUGAUUA